UGGGGCGUCGUCGAUCAGUCAAACAAAGCGGAACUAACUUUGCCUUUGAAUCUUUCCAAACUUGGUCAUGCCAUGCCAUUGGCCGGCAUUUGUUCAAAUCGAAUUUCAAAUUCGAACUAAUUUUUAAUUACAGAAAUUCCUCCUCAGAUCCUACAACUUAAUAUCUAAUAUACAUAAUUGAUUAAUUAAUGCUAGAAAAAAAGCAUUGGAAUUUCCAUGCGGUUUCCGUUCUCUUUCCUUUGUCUGUAACGUACUCGUACCAAGAUCCUUUCAACACACACACACACACACUCUCUAGAAGCAGUCAACCCUUUGUUAAUUGUAAUCUUUUUCAAGAAAUACAAAUGCAACAACCGAUCGAAGCCGUUUUCUUGUAACUUUCGAAUCUAUACAUAUAUAUGAUAUAUAACUCCGCAACUUUGUAUUUCGAAUCAUUACAAGAAAAGAAAAAAAAUGGACAAGUUUUCGAAAACCUGCAGCGUGCUCCAUUUCUUGCUGAUCACAUGCUGUCUCUUUGGUUCACCAUCUCAAGCUCAAAAUAACUGCUCCGGCUACACUUUCUCCGACAUCAAAUACUCCUACACAACAUGCCAACAACUCCCUGUCCUAAACUCUUUCCUCCAUUGGAACUACCAUCAAUCAAACCACACCAUCGAUAUAGCUUACAGACACACCGGCGUCACCCCCUCCGGCUGGAUAGUGUGGGCCCUCAAUCCGGCCCGAUCGGGCCUCAGCAUGAUUGGCUCACAAUCUCUCGUUGCUUUCGUUAACUCAACCACUGGCUCAAUCCAUCCCUACACUUCUCCUAUUUCAGAUUACGACACCACUUUGCAGCCGGGCCCACUUAGUUUCCCCGUUCCGUCGAUUGCUGCUGAAUUUACCACCGACAACCAGAUGAUUAUUUACGCCACCAUUCAACUUCCGGCGGGGAGGACCAGUUUUACUCAUGUUUGGCAGAACGGCGUCGUAUCUGGUAACACCCCUCAGCGCCACCGUACAACUGGGGAUAAUAUGAGAUCUUCCGCCACAAUUGAUUUCUCCACCGGAACCACCUCGAACACUGGUGCAGCCGGUACGGGAGGGUCAAGGCAGCGUAAUAGAAACGUUCAUGGGGUACUAAAUGUGGUGAGUUGGGGAAUACUAAUGCCAGUGGGCGCAAUGGCAGCGAGAUAUUUGAAGUUGUUCAAAUCAGCAAAUCCAACAUGGUUUUACAUACACGUGGCUUGCCAAUCGUCUGCAUAUAUCAUAGGCGUGUCUGGUUGGGCAACCGGCAUUAAACUCGGAACUGAUUCUCGUGGGGUCCAGCAAACUACUCAUAGGAACAUCGGGAUCACUCUAUAUGUACUUGCACUACUUUUGAGGCCAAAGCCGGACCACAAAUACCGAUUGUACUGGAACAUGUACCAUCAUGUGACUGGAUAUUGUGUACUAAUACUAAGCAUUGUGAAUAUAUUCGAAGGAUUCGAAAUAUUGGACACUGAAAAGAAAUGGGAGACAACAUAUAUUGGAGUGCUCAUAUUCUUGGGAGUAACUUUUCUUGUGUUACAAGCUUUUACAUGGUUUGUUUUCAUCAAGAGAAAGGUUGUUGGUCAUAUAAUCACUAGGGCAUACAUUUGA